AUGACUUUCUCCAGCCUGUCCUAUCCAGAAUGUGGGGUGGCCCGACCCAGUCCAGUCACUGGCAGCGCCAAUGAGCCAUGCGUUAGGCAGUGCCCUGACUCCGAAGUGGUGAUCAGACCCUCACCGGUUGUUGUGACCCUCCCCGGACCAAUUCUCAGCAAUUUCCCACAACAAAGUGAAGUGGCAGCUGUAGGAGCGCCUGUGGUCGGAGCCGGUUUUGGGGGCUCAUUCGGUUUGGGAGGAUUGUACGGCUAUGGAGGCCAUUAUGGAGGAUUGUAUGGUUUAGGGAGAUUAGGUGGAUACGGGGGCCAUUACGGUUAUGGGGGAUUAUUGGGCCAUGGAGGUUACUGUAGUUACCCGGGUCUUUAUGGUUAUGGGGGAUUAUUGGGCUAUGGGGGACACUGCGGUUACCCGGGCCUUUAUGGUUAUGGGGGAUUAUGGGGAUACGGGGGAUAUGGCCGUAGGUAUCUUGGUGGAUAUUGUGGGCCAUGUUAAACCCAGCAGGAACAUCCAUGGAAGAAGGAAAAACCAGGAAAUGAACAGCAAGAUAUA